AUGUCGUUCGCAGCAUCAGCAGCCACCGCAGCAUCAAUCCCUGCCAACGCAGGCCCUCCUUCCACCAACGGAGCGACAGCCAGCAACGGCAUCACCACCGCCGCCGCACCGCUCGUCCCCGCCCUCAAGAGCGCCAUCGUCCGCAGCGUUCUCUCCGGUGACACGAUCGUCAUUCGUCCUAAAGGCGUCAACAUCCCAGGCAAGGAAGAGACCGUCCAUAUCGCCGGCAUCGCUGCUCCUCGUCUGGGCUCGCGCGAUCGUGAGGACGACCCGCAGGCUUUCCCUUCCCGCGAAUACCUCCGUCUGCUCACCGUCGGCCGUGAAAUCAGGUAUCGCAUCGAGUACACUGUUCCCGCACCCGCAGCAGUCCCUGGCAGCACGGUCGCUCAACCGCGCCAGUUCGCUCAUGUCUUCCUGCCGCCCAAGGCGCCUGGUCAGCCAGACACCAACGUCGCUCACGAGAUCCUCGCUGCCGGUUGGGCCAAAGUGCACGACUCGGUCGCUCGUCGCAGCGACGAGGCCGACGAUGGCAGCUGGAAGCAGAAGCUGAGGACCGUUCAAGACGAAGCUAUAGCUGCCGGUGUAGGUCUCUGGGGUCCAGACGAUCUGCUCAAGGUCGACCACUCGAUGCCUGAGGACACCUCUGCUUUCCUCGCCGAGUGGAAGGGCAAGCCCAUCGAGUCGAUCGUCGAGCAGGUCCGUGACGGCAGCAUGCUCCGCGUGCGUCUGCUCCUCUCUUCGACCCAUCAGCAGAUGAUCAACCUCAGCCUGGCCGGCAUCAAGGCUCCUCGUGUCACUGGUGGCGGAGGCGCCAGUCCUACCGAUGCAAGCGAGCCAUACGGCGAAGAAGCCAAGUUCUUUGUCGAGAGCCGCCUCCUUCAGCGCAACAUCAAGGUCACACUUCUCUCGGUGCCACAACCUGUCGCAGCACCCACUCCCUUCGCAAGCACAGCAUCGGCAGCACCUACCCCUGCUGCGCCAUCGGCGAGCGUCCUGAUUGGUCUUGCGAUUCACCCCGUCGGCGACAUUGCUCAGUUCUUGCUGUCGGCAGGUCUGGCCCGAUGUGUCGACUGGCACGCUGGCAUGCUCGCUUCCUACGGCGGCAUGGAGAAGUACCGCCAAUCGGAACGAACAGCCAAGGAGAAGCGUCUCAAUCUCUGGCGAUCCUACUCGGCGCCUGCCUCUUCGUCCACCACUCUGGCCAGCCAGCCCGUUGCUGCUCGCACCUUUGACGGCGUUGUCUCGCGCAUCAUCUCGGGCGACACGAUACAGGUCCGCAAGGUCGGUGCUGACGGCGAGCUUGGUCCUGAGAAGCGAAUCCAGUUCUCGUCGCUGCGUCAACCCCAGGCGAAGGACGCCAAGCAAGCCGGCUACGCUGCCGAAGCUCGCGAAUUCCUUCGAAAGCGCCUCGUCGGCAAGACGGUCUCGGUGCAGAUGGACUACAUCAAGCCUAAGGAGGGCGACUUUGACGAGCGCGAGUAUGCUACCGUCAAGCAAGGCAACAAGGAUUCCGACAUUGGUCUGCUGCUCAUCUCCAAGGGACUUGCUACCGUGCAGAGGCAUCGUCGGGAUGACGAGGACCGCUCGCCUAACUUUGACGGCCUGAUGGAGGCCGAGGCAAAAGCCGUCACGGAAGCAAAGGGUAUCCACUCUGGCAAGGAACUCCCAGCGCCACGCAUGGGCGAUGCCUCCGAGACCGCCUCCAAGGCCAACACGUUCCUCCCCGGCCUCAAGCGUGCCGGUCGUCUCACCGCCAUCGUCGACUUUGUCGCUUCCGCCUCUCGAUUCAAGCUGAUCGUGCCGCGCGAGAACGUGCGACUCACCUUCGUCCUCGCUGGUAUCCGCGCUCCCAAGACGGCACGGAAUCAUUCUGAGAAGGACGAGCCAUUCGGUCGCGAAGGUCUCGACUUCUCCACCAUGCGUGCACUGCAGCGGGACGUCGAGAUCGAGGUGUUCAGCACAGACAAGGUAGGUGGCUUCAUCGGCGCGCUCUACCUCAACAAGACUGACAACCUGGCAGUGUCGCUCGUCGAGAGCGGUCUCGCCACGGUGCACGGGUACAGCGCCGAGGCGACGCCGUUCUACAAGUCGUUGCUCGACGCGGAGGAGAAGGCAAAGUCGAGCAAGCUGGGGCUGUGGCACGACUACGAUGCGGCUGCGGAGGAGGCCGAGUAUGGCGAGCCCGUCAAUGCGGGUGCCGCUGCGGGUGGGGCUAGUGCAGGAGCUGGACCUGCUCGCAGCGGCGGUCCUGCGUGGGGCGGUGCUGCCAACGGCGGUGCAGCUGCUGGUGGUCUCGCCGCUCCCGCCCCGGCAAGGACAGAGUACGUCGACUGCAUCAUCUCCGACGUCCGCGGAUCGUCCGGUCCCGACGAUCCGUUCGGCUUCAGCAUCCAAGUACUCAACGACCAGAUCCAAGAGCUCGAGACGCUCAUGGAAGAGUUUUCGCUUCACCACAAGUCACCCGCCGCCUCUUCUGCGAGCUUCAUCCCUCGCGUCGGCGAUCUGGUGUCUGCCAAGUUCAGCCAGGAUGGCGCGUGGUACCGUGCGAUCAUCCGUAAGGUCUCACCCGGACUCAAGGAGGCCCAAGUCUCAUUCAUCGACUAUGGCAAUAAGGAGAGUGUCAAGUUUCGCGACCUGCGUCCGCUCGAUUCUUCGCGCUUCGGCCGCACCCGUCUAGCACCACAGGCUCGCGAUGCGCGGCUGUCGUUCGUCAGGCUGUACGACGGAAAGCAGGCGGAGUACGUCGAGGAGGCGCUGGACCGCUUCCGAGCGAUUGCGGCUGAAGGGAGGAAGAUGAUCGCCAACAUCGACUUUGUCGAGCCAGGGACGAACGUGGUACAUGUCAGCCUGUAUGAUCCGGAGAGUCCGGGCAUUGGUCAGAGCCCCGAGCAGGGUUGCAUCAACUACGAGCUGACCAAGGAAGGUUAUGCGCUGCUGGACGACAAGGUGAGGUACUGGAAGAGCUAUCCGGUCCUGACCAAGGCGCUGAAGGCGGGACUGGACGAGGCGAGAAGUCGACACAGGGGUUGUUUCGAGUACGGUGACCCCACCGAGGAUUAG